AUGGCAGUCACUUCUUGGGAGGCCAGCGCUGACGUGAGGAGUCCAAUCCAUUGGGUCAGGUGCGGUCAUUAUGGGCGGUGGGGUGAAUGGAACAGUCCGAUUACGGUAGCCUUGGACCGUAUGAAAUUGAGCAAGAUCGUUAUCCAGUUGACAAAGAUCGGUGCAGUACAAUGUAGAUGGUGGGUUUCAGAGACGACCUACAUUUCGAUUCAACAGUUCAAAACUCAGGUUUCUGCUCAGCAACGUCUAGAAAGAGCACGUCAAGUUGAUGAAAUACAUUCUCAGGUGUACGCUGAUUUCGGUGCAGGAAUCUAUCCAUGGUUGAAAGUUCGCAAGAGCAUCUCCAUUCAGUCGGCUGUAGAUGAAUUGAUAGAGAACCAAUAA